CCCACCAAUUCAUCAACUUUCCUUCCCAUGUUCAAACUCCCCCCUUCCCUGUCAUAAAAUAACACCCCCAUACCCCCAUCUCUCUCCACCCCCAUAAACUCUCUCUCCCCCUCCCUCUCCCCCCCACCCCCACCUCCCAUAGUCUCUCAUAUCUCUCUCUCCGUAUCAUCUCUCUCUCUGUCUCUCUGCAACAAUGGCAUCUCAAAUCUCUCUCCCUCUCCUGUUGUUUCUCCUCCUCUCUAUUUCAUCUGCAGAUGACAGUGCCAUCAUGACCAAACUCUCCACCUCCCUCAGCUCACCUCCUCCAGACUGGACAGGCACAUCUUACUGCCAAUGGUCAGGCAUCAACUGUGACAACUCCAACAAAGUCACCUCCAUAAGUCUCUCCACAAAAUCUAUCUCCGGCUCUCUCCCAUCUGAAAUCUCUCAGCUCUCUCAACUCAAGACUCUGGCUCUCCAAAGAAACAAGCUUUCUGGUACCAUACCUUCUUUUGCUAACUUAACUUCUCUUCAAGAAAUUUUUCUUGAUUCUAAUGAUUUCACUUCUGUUCCUCAAGAUUUUCUCUUGGGUCUGCCAAAUUUGCACACUUUUACUCUUAGUGAUAAUUUUCAUCUUGCUCCAUGGCAAAUACCUGGUUAUCUGAUUGAGAGUACUAAUUUGGGUACUUUUGCUGCUAGCAAUUCAAGUAUUUUUGGGACUAUUCCAGAUUUCUUUGGUUCUUUGCCUACUUUUCAGCAUUUAAGACUUUCUUAUAAUAAUAUGACUGGGGGUUUGCCUAAAAGUUUUGGGGGUUCUCAAAUUCAAGAUCUUUGGUUGAACAAUCAACAAAGUGGUGGGUUAUCUGGUGGUAUUGAUGUGUUAUCUGAUAUGUCUCAGUUAUCUCAAGUUUGGCUUCAUGCUAAUGCUUUUACUGGGCCUGUUCCUGAUUUGUCGAAAUGUGAAAACCUGUUUGAUUUGCAGCUCAGGGAUAAUCUGUUAACGGGGGUGCUUCCACCUUCGUUGACCGAGCUUCCGAAACUGGUUAACAUUUCCUUACAGAAUAAUAAGUUGCAGGGUCCGUUUCCAGAGUUUAAGAGUGGAGUGAAAUUUGAAGUUGAGAAAACUAAAUCUAAUAGUUUCUGUUUGGAUAGUCCGGGGCCUUGUGAUCCUCAGGUAAAUGUGCUGCUUGAAAUUGCUCGGGGUUUUGGGUACCCUAGGUCGCUUGCUGAAUCAUGGACGGGGAAUAAUGCAUGUGACAAAUGGACAUUUGUUACUUGUGAUUCAGCAGGGAAGAGUGUGACAGUGUUGAACUUUCCAAAGCAGCAUUUUUCGGGUACGAUUUCACCUGCCUUUGCAAAUCUUACUUCUUUACGGAAUUUGUUGUUGAAUGAGAAUGAUCUUACUGGUGUUAUUCCUGAGAUCUUGACAACAUUGAAUCAACUAGUGGUUCUUGAUGUGUCCAAUAAUAAUUUGAGUGGGCCAGUACCGGUAUUUAAACCUACAGUGAGGUUUACAUCAACUGGCAAUCCAUUUCUUGGGAAAAAUAUAGGUGGUGGAGAUGGUAAGAGUCCUGGGACAGGAUCAGAUUCAGGGACACCUGCUGGGGGUGCACCUGGUGAAUCUAAAGGUAAUUCGACUUCAGGGGGUAUGAUUGCUGGUGUUGUUAUUGCUGUUUUGGUUUUUGUCGGGGUUGUGUUAUUCGUGUCUUACAAAUGUUACGUCAAGAAGCGACAUAGAAGAUUUGGGAGAGUACAAAGCCCUGAAGAAGGGAAGGAAAUGGCAAUUGGUAAUGUAAUGACGAGCAACAAUGGUUAUGGUGGAACUAAGAGUGAAUUGCAGAGCCAGAGUAGUGGUGAUCAUACUGAGAUGCCUGUGUUUGAAGGUGGUAAUGUUGUGAUUUCUGUUCAAGUGCUUCGGCAAGUGACAGAUAAUUUCAAUGAGAAAAAUAUACUCGGUAGAGGUGGGUUUGGUGUUGUUUACAAGGGAGAAUUGCAUGAUGGCACUCAGAUUGCUGUGAAGAGGAUGGAAUCAGGGGUUAUGGGUACGAAAGGACUGAAUGAGUUCCAAGCUGAAAUUGCUGUUCUUACCAAAGUCAGGCACAGACAUUUAGUUGCUCUUCUUGGAUAUUGUAUUAAUGGCAAUGAGAGGCUUUUGGUAUACGAGUACAUGCCACAGGGAACUUUAAGCCAGCAUUUAUUUGAAUGCCAGGAACUUGGGUACCCUCCACUCUCAUGGAAGCAAAGAGUGACAAUAGCAUUGGAUGUGGCCAGGGGAGUUGAGUACUUGCAUAGCUUGGCGCAAUCAAGCUUCAUUCAUAGAGAUUUAAAGCCUUCAAACAUACUUCUCGGAGAUGACAUGAGGGCAAAGGUUGCAGAUUUUGGCUUGGUUAAAAAUGCGCCUGAUGGGAAGUAUUCAGUUGAAACACGCUUGGCAGGAACGUUUGGAUAUCUUGCACCCGAAUAUGCUGCUACCGGCAGAGUGACUACCAAAGUGGAUGUUUAUGCAUUUGGAGUGGUCUUAAUGGAGAUAAUUACCGGAAGAAAAGCAUUAGAUGAAACUAUGCCAGACGAAAGAUCACAUCUUGUCACUUGGUUCCGCAGGGUUGUGAUAAACAAAGACAGCAUUCGAAAAGCUAUGGACCAAACCCUUGACCCUGAUGAGGAAACAUUCGACAAUAUCUGCCGGGUGGCUGAGCUGGCAGGUCAUUGCACAGCUCGCGAGCCAUAUCAGAGACCAGAUAUGGGUCAUGCUGUUAAUGUCUUGGGUCCUCUUGUAGAGCAAUGGAAACCUUCUCGUCCUGAGGAAGAAGACAGUUAUGGCAUUGAUCUUCACAUGAGCCUUCCUCAAGCUCUUGAGAGAUGGCAAUCUGAUGAAGGUACUUCCUCGAUGAAUGAUAUAUCCUUUGGUCAGACAUAUUCAAGUAUUCCAUCAAAACCCUCAGGAUUUGCCGACACUUUUGAUUCAAUGGAUUGCCGAUAGAAAAAACUAGUUUUACUUUUCCGGUCCUUAAAUUCAUUUAUUUUUUUCCCCUUACACGAAUGAUCUCUACGGCGACCAUUUGAAGCAGUAGAGCUAUUUGUUGUAUUUGUUAGAUUGAAAACUGACUGAUUUUCUUAAAGUUUAUUGAAAGGAGGGUUCAUAUCAUGUAAAGAAAAUAUCAUAUCUUAGAUUCAUGUAUUCAAUUUCUUCGUCUCACGUAUAUAUGUUUUUUGCUUCCUUA